UGCUGGAAUGCUCGGCGGCGUCGGCCGCAGCAGGCGGCGCGGCCGCGCGCCGCCAGUGCUCCCCUCCAGCUCCGCCGCAGACCGCACCGAGCGCUCUAUCUCCUGCUGGUAUUGUGACUGCAAAAUAUAUUCCUUCAAUGACAUCAUAUUUAAUAUAGGAAGGAGAUAUGCUGGAUACAUGAGGGCAUGGUUUUCUGCAGGAGUUUAUUUCUCUGUUGUUGCUUUAAUUGGAAUAUCAGUGGUGCUACUGUGGGACUCAAUUGGUGCAAUUUGUUUCACUGGUAGAUCUUUUAGUACCUGGUUACAAAAUUUAUUGGCUUCCAGCUUCGGCAUAUCGAUAAUAGACAUCACAGCAAUCAUAGUGUCAACAGUUCUAUCCAUUGCUUUUCACGAAUUUGGACAUGCUGUUGCAGCUGCAAGCGAGGGCAUACAGAUUGAGUAUAUUGCCGUAUUCGUAGCUGCACUUUUUCCUGGGGCAUUAGUUGCUCUGAAUUGUGAUCAGCUGCAAAACUUACCUCCUUUUUCGAUGCUUCGCAUUUAUUGCGCAGGAAUUUGGCAUAAUGUUAUGUUAUGUGCAGUAUGUUUUAUCAUGACAUUAUUACUACCUCUGCUGCUUAAUCCUCUCUAUGUGAGUGGUGAUGGUCUUAUGAUUACAGGAGUCCCAGAAACAUCUCCUCUGUCAGAAUACUUGUCUGCUCAUGAUUUUAUCCUUUCUGUGGAUGGACUGAACAUAACAAGACCUGACGAAUGGAUGGAAAUGCUUGCUCAGGACAAUGUAGAAAAAGUAAGCAGCCAUGAUCUCCUUGAAAGCUACGAGAGCUAUGGCACCUCUGGUUCUAGAAAGGGUUACUGUGUUCCCAACUCAUGGAUAGAUGCAAGCAAGAAUCUCUGGCAAAUAAAUGACAAGCUAUCUUGCCCAGAUGAUCUGAUGACCUUCCAACAAAUGAGUGGGAAAGGCAUUGACAAGAAGGAAGCUGAAGACAAAUAUUGCUUGAUUGCAAAAGAUGUCGUUAAGCUUAAAAAAUGUGGAAAUGGAUGGUGGGAGGCCAAAGAUGAUAGAAGCAACUUUGCCUGUUUGGAGGACGAAUACUGUUCGAUGCCUGUUCUGGGCCCAGGAAUUUCAUGGAUAGAGAUCUCCUAUGCCAGACCAUAUUCUUUGGAGUGCUUACGGACAGAAGGAAAUUCAUCAUUGCUGCAUGGUGUAAAUAGUAACCCUGGACUGAGUCCUUGCCAGGGAACCUUUGUUUACGCGGGUCAUCUUUUAUCAGCAGCACGUUCUAUCAAGUUAUCCUCCUACCGACCUCGAUGGCCACACUUGCUUUUCAUUGCAGAUGUUCCACGUAUUUUGGAAAAUGGUUUAGGUUGUUUAUUGCGUGUGUCUGCGGCGUUGGCUGCAGUUAAUUGCUUACCGGUAUACUUUCUUGAUGGGGAAGCGAUUUUGGAGACUAUGUUAGGCUACUUUGCUUGGGUUACUCGAAGAAAGCAGUGCAAAAUUCUUAAGUUUUGCCGCUUUUUUUGGACUAUCCUAUCCAUUAUUUUGUUCUCAAGGACCCUAUAUUCCAUGACACUAUAUUAUGAUUUUAUAUAACUUGAUAUGGAAACGUCUCCCUAAAUUACUUGAUA